UUGAGUCCCAUUCCGAUCCAAGUCGACCCGUACUAGCCCUUAUUGUACGUAGGUGGCAUUGCGUCCGCAAAUUAACUACCUCAGAAGUUGGACGAACAGUGCUUUUUCUUUUUUGCGUGCCUUUCUGCUUUAGGGAUACACAGCAGCGGCGGCGGAAGCGGAACAGAAGUGAAAAAGAAAAACGAAUUUACGCAAGACCAAAAAAAAAAAAAAAAAAAGAAAAGGAAAAAAAAAAGGGACACAGAGCCACAUAAACGGUUGGAAGCGUACGCCCAGGGCUGACCACGUGCUUUUGACGUUCGUCGAACAUAACAUCAAACGCCCGUUGACUCUGCUUGUCUUCCAUCCAGACUCAUCCCCCUUCUCGCGGUGAAUCCCACACCGUGGAGCGAGUGACUGUUGGGGAGGGAGAGAAGGCUUGAUGCUACGAGGGCUUUCGGGGGCUUUCGAGGGCUAAAAGAGGUCCUGAAGAGCUGUUCACCCACUAAAAUUUCCGACGGAUCUCCUGUCAAUCCCUGUUAAAGGUCGUGGCUAGAUUGGGUUCUCUCGCUUUUACCCUCGCUUUUCCGCGUGCUCCUUCACCGUGGCUACUACAUCCUCCGCAGACCACAGAACCCCGGGUUCGCACCACCGGCGUCGCUCCUCAACUCUCGUUUCUCCUCUGAACCUCCAUCCGUCCGGUGCUAGUGACCACGCAACCAGCCCCGGCUCCUCUUCUCAUUCUUUCCUUUCUGCUAUCCCGGGCACCCCGUCUGCGACCGGGCCUUCGCCCAUGUCGCUGUCGCGAUCGCCUUCGCCGAGGCCUGAUGGAGGAUGGUCUAGCCCCGGUCUGACGACUGGUACGGGAGGUAGCGGCACUUCCACACCACGAAAGGGCUAUUCAGAUCUACAAUCAGGCAGCGGGCUGUAUAUGAAGGGAAUUGGCGCUGCCGGACCCGGCCGAGUAUCGUGGGCGGCAGCCAAGGCCAAGAGCGACCAGGUCAGAGGCUAUCCGUCCUUCUCAACUCGAAACAAUGGCUUCUUUUCUAGACAACGCCGGAAAAUAUCUGCUAGCUUACCCAGGUUCCGGAUGAAUUCGGCCUAUGGAGAGAAAGAAAAGCUGGGCCGCGGACGAUGGAGCCCGAAUGGCGGACCGUUGUUGAGUCGCCUAAAAACACUGCUAGGAAAUUUGCUACGACGGAAACGAGUACAGCUGUUAUUGCUCUUGAUAUUAAUGUUUGUUUUCUGGCUCGUUUUUUCCCAACCCAUUUAUGAAGCGUACCGAAGGUCCUCCCUGGGUGGAGGCAAGAAGAUCGUUCUCAUUGUCGCAUCAAAUCUCGGAGGAGGAGUAAUGGAAUGGAAAGGCGCACGCGAAUGGGCCAUUGAGCGAGAUAGUUUACGAAAUAAGAGGCGAUACGUAAAGCGAUGGGGCUAUGACCUGGAGAUCGUCAACAUGGUAACCAAAAAGCGAUACGCGCACGAAUGGCGUGAAAGUUGGGAGAAAGUCGACACGAUCCGCUCAGCUUUAAGAAAAUACCCGAAAGCCGAAUGGUUCUGGUGGCUAGAUCUUCAUACCUUUAUUAUGGAGCCUUCCUUGUCGGUUGAGAAUCACAUCCUUAAAAAUCUCGGCAAAAAGACGUACCGCAAUAUCAACACAUAUAACCCCCUCAACAUCACCCAUCCGCCCUCUCUAUUCUACCUCGAUCCGCUUUCUCUUUCCGUCGAGGGCGAUGGCAAAGAGUCUUCCAUCAAUAUGCUUGUACCCCAAGACUGCUCGGGCUUCAACCUUGGGUCCUUCAUGGUGCGACGCAGCGCCUGGACAGAUCGUCUGCUCGACAUCUGGUGGGAUCCUGUCCUCUACGAACAGAAGCACAUGGAGUGGGAGCAUAAGGAGCAGGACAGCCUAGAACACCUAUACACCCAUCAACCGUGGAUCAGGCCUCAUGUUGCGUUCGUACCUCAGCGACGAAUGAAUUCCUUCCCUCCAGGUGCCUGUGGCGACGGGACCAACCUGGGUAUUCACUAUCAGGAAAAGAAUCGCGAUUUCUUGGUGAACAUGGCGGGCUGUGAAUGGGGAAGAGAUUGCUGGAGCGAGAUGUAUCACUACCGGCAGCUUAGUAACCGCUUGAACCGAAAUCCGUGGGAGAAGUUCAAGGACGGGAUCUCAGAACGAUGGAAAAAGACAUUUGGAAAGAAGAAGGAGGAGAAAAAGAAAACGUAA